CACACCUGUUUUUCCUCAUCUUCUUAACCAGGAGUGAUCUAGCCAUCUAGAGGCACUUAACAUGACUAACUUCUUUAAGAACUUCACUAUAAAGACCAAGUAUAGAGCAGUAGUAGCCACAGCAACUCCAAUUGUAAUCUUUUCUGGUAUUUGUGUUGCAUGGGCUUACAUACAUCACGGACGGAAGCGAAGAAGUAAGGCCGGCGGCGUUCUUUCAAGGUCCAUGUCAUUCGGAGUCCUUCACGGGGGAAAAUUGGCGUUGAAGAGAUUGGUUGAUUAUCAUAAGGCGCGAGCUGAUCCAGCAACACUUGAAGCUGCAGAAAUGGAGUUAAGGAAUCUAAUCUCUGAAGAACAACCAGAUUUCAAAAGGCUGCAGGGAACUGUUGCAAAGCUUGAAAUGAGUGGGAAAGAAAACAUUGCAAUAUCAGUACUUGAAGAAGCACUGAGAAAAUCCAUAGAUGAUAAUCAGCCACAUGAAGCUUACGAAACCGAAAUGUUACUUGUGGAAAUGCACAUUUACAAGGGAGAUUUCCGGAAGGCUCUGAACUACAAAUGCUUAAAGGAAGAAGCGAUAUCCGAUGAUCGACAACCGUUGUACAAGGCUAUCCUUUAUGUGAUGGUAGAGGACUCAAAAGAAGCCUAUAAGAAUUGGGAAGAGUUUCAAGAGCUUAGAACACACCACCAAUGGCCACUAGGAAUGCAUGAGGAUCAAAGCUAUAAGGUCGUUACGGAUUUUGGGGAAUUUGAGAAGGUUGUCAGGUCGCUUAGAGAGGAUAUCAUACAAGUACACAAGUCGGGGACCAAGAAAUUCUAAGCAGCGGUCUUAUGGAUCUCAAUAUUUUUUUUUUGUCUCAAUUAUUUCAAAUGCUAAGAUAUAGACGCAUCGGUUUCAUAUGGAUCAUGUGAGACUCACGAUUUCACAUGGAUUAUGUGCAUCCAUGCUAGUAGAAUAAGCGGGACAAAAAAUAUUGAGAGUCUUUGCAUUUUUGAAUUCUAAUAGAUGUAACAGUAA